UUGUAGACGAAAGAACAAGAGUCGGGGGUGUUGGCGUAGUGAAGGGGACUGGCCCAGCGGUACUUAGACUGGAGUCGGAUUUGGUCCGGCCAUACGCACAUCGCCGAUAGAUUUCCUCCGGCACUUUCAGCACCUAGCGACACCAAUUGAGAUGGGCGAGAGCGACAACAACCGUGUAACUACGAGACCAAGCAAGACUAAAAGAUGGAGAGAGACUGAGUGAGAGUGACAGUACCAACCAAGCAAGGUUGAACAAGAGGGACAACAACCGUGUGAGACUGAGAAAUCAAGAUCAAGUAGACUGAGUGAGAAAUCAAGAUGGAGUAGACUAGAGAGAGCUAGACGAGUUUCUAAGGGUUAUUCCACACCUUUUGAAAAACUGACCAUUCAACAUUUCUUCUCCAUCUUUUGGUCAUUCAUUGGGCGGACUAUUAUUUACCCGAAACUUUUUUUAAAAAUAAUUUACCGAAAAUUCACUUCGACAUGGUGUGACACUCGGAAUUCACGGGAUCGCUGCUGAACAAUUUCUGGGUCAAUCUCAUAUUUCUCAGUGAUUUGACCAGCGCGCCACUGACGGAUACAACUUCCCCUAGAUCGAGAUGAAUCGGAAACUCUACUCCAAAUCCCAAAUACUGACCGUCGAAAGCUGAAACCCCACCUUGAUUUCAGAUUCUGCCAUAGGUUUUCUUUCUGCUGGGGCAUAAUGGAUUUAUCCACAUUGAAUCCUGAACAGCUGACUGUAGUAGGAUCUGGAUUCUGUGUGAUGUUGACAAUGCAUUACACCAUGCAGUUAUUAUCUCAGCAUCUCUUUUACUGGAAGAAUCCUAAGGAGCAAAAGGCCAUAGUAAUUAUUAUAUUAAUGGCUCCCUUAUAUGCAGUAGACUCAUUUGUGGGUUUGCUAGAUAUCAAGGGGAGCAAGGAGUUUUUCAUGUUUCUGGAUUCUGUUAAGGAAUGUUACGAAGCUUUGGUAAUUGCCAAGUUCUUGGCUCUCAUGUAUAGCUACCUGAAUAUAUCUAUGAGCAAAAAUGUUAUACCAGAUGAAAUCAAGGGAAGAGAAAUUCAUCACUCCUUUCCAAUAACAUUGUUUCAGCCUCGAACUGUUCGUUUGGACCAUCGGCAUCUACUACUUCUUAAACAUUGGACAUGGCAAUUUGUUAUCAUCCGCCCUGUUUGCUCUGUUUUGAUGAUAACGCUGCAAUUAUUGGGAAUGUAUCCCAGCUGGUUGAGAUGGACAUUUACUAUCAUCCUUAACCUCUCAGUUUCUUUGGCUAUGUAUUCUCUGGUUGUCUUCUACCAUGUUUUCGCCAAGGAACUUAAACCACACAAUCCAUUGGCCAAGUUCAUGUGCAUCAAAGGAAUUGUAUUCUUCAGCUUUUGGCAGGGUGUAGUCCUAGAUAUACUUGUUGCCGUGGGCAUUAUUGGAUCAAACCACAUGUGGUUAGACGUUGAGCACGUUGAAGAGGCUUUCCAGAACGUGUUGAUAUGUUUAGAGAUGAUUGUCUUCUCUGUUUUGCAGCAGUAUGCUUUCAAUGUUGGACCUUACAGUGGAGAAGUUGAAAGAAAACUUAAAAUGAGAAAGAACGAUUAAUGUUGGAAGUAGGUUUGAUGAAACUAUAUAAUGAAAUUUGACGUUACCAUUUGACAAGUCUUUGUAUAUAAUGAAGGGUAUUUAUCAACGUUGGAAGAUUUGUUAUUUGCUCAAUUUUAGAUUUGGUUUGUCUUCAAUAGAAAUGCAAAAACACAUGUACUUGAGGAAGCAGAAUCUAGACUAGGAAAUUUGGUUGUUGAAUGAGUGAAUGUAACCAUUUUGGCUCCUUUGUUAACCUACCUACUUUAUCCUGUGUGUACAUACAUUUUGAUAAGUGGCUCAAGUUUGAGAUAUUUUGUGAUUCA